UUUAUUUAUUUAUUCAAUACUUUGUAUUCGAAGUUAUAGUAAUUACAAUAUAAUUACUAAUAUUACUUGUCACUCUGUUGCCAUUAUUAGGUAGAUGAAGAUUCCGGUCGGUGAACAGCCCGCUUUCUGUUCAUAAAGCAUCGUUGAUGCAAACAGCCUGAAGAUGAUUUGCAGAGUGCUCUAUAUUUAACCAUUUUAUAUCCAGAGCUGCCUGUGGCCUUUCAGCUUGAUGGGCCCACUCCCGCAUUCACAUUGAAACCCAAAGGAGGGCCACCACAGGGAUGGUGGGGGGCGGUGUAGGCCCACCUCAACUCACAACUUCUCCAUCUCACGUUACCAAGCUACAGGGAAGUGGCGCAGUCAGCACAGAACCGACUGCGCCACCAGGAGCCUUCCGACCCCAAAGGAUGACACAACUCAACCCAGAGACCCAUUUAACAUCGUAUUGACUUUCCACGGCGAGUGCACACUGGGUCGAUUCUCAGUGGGACGGGGAGGUGUGGUUCAUCUCUGCCCUGUGUGUCUGUGGGUGUAAGUGACCGCAACAGCUGCGGGGCUGGAAGAAGAAUUCCCCCCAGAGACUUGGCGGGUGUGGAGCGCCUGAUCUGGAGGGCAACGUGAGGAGCGCACAUACCUACAGAAAACGGACAAGAAUCUACCGCGCUCGACAGCUGAAGAGCUCGCUGGAGGAAAAGACACCAAGAAAAGAGGAAAUAAUUCAUCUUGUAUCAGGGCAGCGACGAAUCACUCAGAGACACCACACAGGCUGUGGGUCCGUAGCAUGGGAGCGCUAUGUUGUCCAGGAAAGGACUCGUUCCUGAUGAUUACUUGCUCACACGUCUGGCUGAGAAUGUCCUGCAGCCAAAGUUCUUUAAAGCCAAACCGAGGAAAGCACGGUUCGUGACCAAAAACGGCACCUGCAAUGUAGCGCACACCAACAUCCGAGAACAGGGUCGAUUCUUGCAGGACGUCUUCACCACCCUGGUGGAUUUAAAAUGGCUCCACACGCUCACCAUUUUCACCAUGUCCUUUCUAUGCAGCUGGCUUCUUUUCGGGAUGAUCUGGUGGCUUAUUGCAUUUGCGCACGGCGACUUGGACCAGCCUGGAGAUGGCUUUGUCCCGUGCGUAACGGACAUUCACUCCUUCGCCUCCGCGUUCCUCUUCUCUAUAGAGGUCCAGGUGACCAUCGGCUUCGGGGGGCGGAUGGUCACGGAGGAGUGCGUCUCCGCCAUCUUAGUCCUUAUCGUGCAGAACAUCGUCGGACUGCUCAUCAACGCCAUCAUGCUCGGCUGCAUCUUCAUGAAAACGGCGCAGGCCAAUCGGCGCGCAGAGACGCUCAUUUUCAGCAAGCACGCAGUCAUCUCAGUGCGAAACAACAAGCUGUGCUUCAUGAUGCGCAUCGGGGAUCUGAGGAAAAGCAUGAUCAUCAGCGCCACCGUGCGGUUGCAGGUGGUCAGGAGAACCACCACCAAGGAGGGCGAGGUGGUGCCUCUGGACCAGAUCGACAUCCGCAUGGAUAACCCGGUGGGCACCAACGGCGUCUUCCUGGUGACCCCCCUCAUCAUAUGUCACGUGAUCGACAAGGACAGCCCUCUGUAUGAUCUGUCGGCGUUUGAGCUGCAGCACGAUGACUUGGAGGUGAUCGCGGUGCUGGAGGGGGUGGUGGAGACCACGGGCAUCACCACCCAAGCCAGGACCUCCUACGUGUCGGAGGAGAUCCUGUGGGGGCAGCGCUUCGUGCCCACCAUCUGCGAGGAGGACGGCAUGUACGCGGUGGACUACUCCAAGUUCGGUAACACCGUGAAGGUCCCGACGCCGUUCUGCAGCGCCAAGAAGCUGGACGAGGUCGGCGGCAUCGCUCGGUUUAAACUUAACGAGGGCGUCACCUUGCGGCCGUCUGCGAGAAGGCGGCGGCGCUCCCCGGUUGUCCGCAGGUCCCGGAUUGAGACUGAAGGUUGAUCCAUGUGCGCCAUGUUUUAGGAUUGGUCCUUUAAAUUGGAGGAUAGUAAGGUUGAUAUUUAUUGUAUUAUUCAUGUAUGUUAUGGUGUACCUCUAAUCAAUAUUACAUAUCAUAUAUCUCCAUGCAGUCAGAUGUACGCGCAGGUCAACAAGCUUUUCACUCAGGGUCACAGAGCACCCGCAAUGAACAGAAAGUCCACAGUUUGAUGUGUGUUGUUUAUAACUAAGAGUGUAUGCAUGUAUCUAAAAGCAAUAAAAGAUAAUCCUUCA